GGGACAGGUGCAUUAUGGGUGAGAGAGCCGCGUUCAUGGACACUCUGUAAUUUAUCCCGCUCUUCUGUAACUUUACUUAAACUCGGUAUUUAGUCUACUUUUUACGGUCUCCCAUGGUCCGUGUUAAUUAUAUGUUGAAAUGCUUAUAUUUUAUAUUAGAAUUUAGUAGCUUUUGUUCUUCAGUCUUGGUUUUAUGUGGCGGUGUUUGUGUAAGGUUCAUGAGUGUCUGAUGUUUUAAACACAGCACAGGUUCAUUGGAGUUAGCGUCAGGGCGGCGCUGGCUCUGGACACAGCAGUGAAACACACUUUUGUCCUGUCAAUGCGGUCUUUACCCGGGCCUUCUGCUUCUAACCCCGGGACAGGGACAUGGAGGAGCCUUUUCUGCGGGAGGUGAAGUAGGUUUGGCGGUGUCUGACCCCAGCCUUUCCUCGGAGAGUGGAGUGUCGAUGCUGCUGUUGAGAUGAGUGUGAAGGCCUUUGAGCUGGUCCCCGCUGUGGAGCGAGAGCUCCUCAUGGGAGACAAGGCUCGAAUCAACAUUGAAUGCAUUGAGUGCUGUGGAAAGCACCUGUACAUCGGCACCAAUGACUGCUUCAUCCACCAUUUCCUUCUGGAAGAGGUCACUUCUUCAAAGGGAAAACUGAGUUUCUUGGCUCAAAAGCUGCUUCACAAAUAUCUGGGACUCAAAAAGCCGGUUGCUGAGCUGCGGGCUGCGUCUGCUUUGGAGCGAUUGAUAGUGCUCUGUGAUGGAGUACUGUUUCUUGUUGACAUGUUGACACUAGAAACUCCCUCUGGCGCUGGAGGAGCUAAAAUCAGAGGCGUCACUACGUUCUGCAUUAAUGAGAACCCAGUCACUGGAGAUCCAUUCUGUGUGGAGAUGGGGAUUCUUUCCUCCAAACGGCGGACAGUGCAGAUUUUUAUGAUUUAUGAGGACCGAGUGCAGCUGGUGAAGGAGGUGAACACACCAGAGCAGCCUUGUGCCGUCUCUCUCGAUGGAUACUUUCUGUGUCUGGCUCUCACUACACAGUACAUGAUCCUGAACUACAACACUGGAGCCAACCAGGACCUGUUUCCCUACAACAGCGAGGAGAGAAAGCCAAUAGUGAAGAGGAUUGGCCGAGAAGAGUUUCUGCUGGCGGCACCAGGCGGUCUUGGUAUGUUUGCGAAUGCAGAGGGAGUCUCCCAGCGCGCUCCGGUGAACUGGUCUGAGAGCGUGAUGGGGGCUGCGGUUUGCUUUCCUUAUGUUGUGGCCUUAGACGAGAGCUUCAUCACUGUCCAUAGUAUGCUUGACCAACAGCUCAAACAAACUCUGCCUUUCAGGGAUGGGCAUGUUCUCCAGGAUUUUGAAGGAAAAGUCAUUCUAGCGUCCACUAAAGCAGUAUACAUAUUAGUGCCAUUGCCCCUCGAGAGACAAAUCCAAGAUUUAUUGGCCAGUCACAGAGUGGAAGAAGCCCUGAUUCUCACAGAAGGAGCACAAAGGAAUAUUCCCAAAGAAAAGUUUCAGAUUUUGCACAAAAGGAUCCUUCAGCAGGCAGGUUUCAUACAGUUUGGCCAGCUUCAAUUUCUGGAAGCAAAAGAGCAUUUUAGAAAAGGGCAGCUGGACGUUCGGGAGCUCAUCUCUCUUUACCCACUGCUGCUGCCUUCCUCUUCCUCCUUCACUCGCUGCCAUCCUCCUCUUCACGAGUUCGCUGAUCUAAACCACUUGGCUCAGGGUGACCAGGAAAAGGUCCAGAGGUGCAAGAAGUUCCUCAUCAGUUACUUAGGAGAGGUGCGAAGUACAGAAGUGGCCAACGGCUGCAGAGAGGACGUGGACACUGCUCUGCUGAAGCUUUAUGCUGAACAGGACCACGAAAGCCUUUUAGAUCUGCUCGCCUCUGAAAACUUCUGCGUGUUAGCCGACUGUGUCCCAUGGCUAGAGAAGUACCACAAAUAUUUUGCACUAGGGCUUCUAUACCAUUACCACGGUCAGGAUUCAGCAGCUCUUCAGCUGUGGAUCCGUGUGGCAGAUGGAGAUUUGGAGGAUGCUACGAGGUCUGAUCUGUUUGAAUACAUCAUAGACUUUCUCUGCUCCUGCUCCAAUCUGGAUCUGGUGUGGAAGUACACAGACUGGGCCUUACGCAAAAAUCCCACUACAGGUGUCCAAGUUUUCACUAAAAGAAUUGUCAGGAAAAACCACCCGGAGCCGAGUCCUGAUGAUGUCGUGACGUAUUUGACGAAACAUCGUGAAGCUCUGCUGCUUUACCUGGAGCACCUGGUCCUCGAGAGGCAGAUUCAGAAGGAAACAUUCCACACUCACCUGGCUGUGCUGUACCUGGAGAGAGUUCAGGCGUUGUUAUCGGAAACGCCGGUGGACGAGGGGAAGCUGCUGAAGGCUCGAGACAGACUCCAGGCCAUGCUGCGAGAGUCUAACCUUUAUCGUGUUCAGUAUGUUUUAGGUAAAAUAAAAAACUGUGAAAGUCUGUUGUUGGAGCAGGCCAUACUCUACGGCAAACUGGAGGAGCACGACAAGGCGCUGCACGUUUUGGUUCAUGAACUCAAGGAUUUCUCGUCUGCGGAGGCUUACUGUAUAUGGUCCUCUGAGUCCCGGGACAGUGCUUACAGACAGAAACUGUUCCACCUUUUAUUAGGGGUGUAUUUAGACACACAGUCCCGGGGCGCGUCAGCAGGGGGCGGUGGGGAGAUGGAGAUGGCGGCUGUGGACCUUUUGAACCGUCACGGGGAAGUGUUUGAUGCAGUUCGAGUCCUGAAUAUUCUCCCUGAACGAUGGUCCCUGCAGUUACUCAGGCCUUUCCUGGGACGAGCCGUGCGGGCCAGUAUGCACGCCAGCCGCACCUCCCAGAUCGCACUGGGACUCGCACGCUCGGAGAACGUACAGCUGCUGCACGACAGGUUAAAGGAGAGGAAGAAACCCAUCUUUGUGUCUGACAAGAAGGGCUGUUUUAUGUGCCACAAUACGUUCAGUGAACCGGAGGUGGUGUGCCUGCCCGGGGGAGUGCCUGUCCAUACGCACUGUGUCGCCGACCGAAUCCAAAACUCCCCCUCCAAAAAACAUUUAACUAACAGCAGUAACCACACGUGAGACUUUGAACUCGGCCAUUGUUUCAGAAGCACUAAACCCAAGUCUUAUUAUGAGCGUUUUUCAGAACAAGAAGCACAGAAAGUGAGUGCAAAGUUACAAGAAUCGAGACGAGUUUGGGGACACACUGGGGACGGGAGAAGAAAAGCUGUUUUACUUGCCUUGAAAAAUAGACGUGUGAUCCAUUCAUUAUGUAAAAGAGGUCAACGUGGGAUAAAACGAGUUGAAAAUGACACAAUGCACCAUAUUUGUUCUACUCUGGGGCGAUUAUUGCAUGGACUUACUAAACACAUCUACGGUUUCAGUCUCAUCAAACACACAUUUAUGUCACAUGUUUGGAGUUAAAAUGUGAAAAUCAUUCUGUUCUUUCUGGGAUGUGCUUUUUGCUGCUUGUAUUUUGUUCCAUUUACACUAUUUUAAUUCAUAAUUUCCUGACAACGCUUUACGUUUUCAUGUUUUGGAGCUAUAAAGACGUUUGUGCAAUAAUGAAAGCAAAACAAAAACCUGAGAUUAUUUAUACUGUCAGACUGGCCGAAGCCAAUACACGUGUUAUAUCAUUAAAGCUGCACUGCGUAACUUUUCUGAAGGGACAUCUGCCGUCAGCUCGUCUCCAGGGAAGUCGCUUUGUCUGGAAUAUUUCGCAGUAAUGCAUUAAACUUGUCUAUCUUCCGUUUAUUUCAUGGCAGGUGUUUUUACUUUGAGUGGGCUCGCCUCUACGCAGAUCUGAACAGUAACUUCACCUGUUUGUGUCCAUGGAGAUAGAUGCGUUUAAUGCCAUACUGUGAAACUUCUCCGGCAAAGCAGUAACAUCUCUUUGGAGAUGUUCCAUCAGAAAAAAAAAAGAAACGAAACAUGGUGCAGCUUUAAUUAAACUGACAGAGACCAGAUUGUGCAUAUGCGUUGUUGCUCUACCAGUGAGCCGAACAGCACCAUGGCCUUGAGUUUGGAGCUGAUCGUUUUCUUUACUUCAUAGUUUCUAACACAGUUUAUUCAUUUUCCUCCGUCUGACUCCAGAUUUUAAAUGAGUCUCAGUAAAAACUAAACCCAAUGAAUUUGCCUUGAACAGGAAGUGAACCGUGACCUUUGACCUCUUCAGGCUCCGCCCUCGGCUUCUGUCUAUGACUCUGAGUUCAGUGUAACAGCACAGUUGUAUGUGAUGUUUUAUCUGUAACGCUUUUGUCUGACUUAACUAAAACAAAUCUACUCUGUAUUUAGACUGAUUCUUUUUGUCAGACUCAUUCGUUCACCUUCACGUGUUUCAGCUUCACGUGUUUCAGCUUCUUCCUGUGACCUUCCUCAGUGGCGCUGUAGUGACGUGUCAGUAGGGGGCGUAAUCUUCUGUGACGCCUCCUCCAGGCCCCGUGUGUGAUGAGGUGCACAGCCCCUCGUCCUGGUUCAUGCUCUUGGACCUGCGACUCUCGACGCUUCUCUCGACGCUUCUCUCGACGUUUCUCUCGACGUUUCUCUCGACGCUUCUCUCGACGCUUCUCUCGACGUUUCUCUCGACGUUUCUCUCGACGCUUCUCUCGACGUUUCUCUCGACGUUUCUCUCGACGUUUCUCUCGACGUUUCUCUCGACGCUUCUCUCGACGCUUCUCUCGACGUUUCUCUCGACGUUUCUCUCGACGCUUCUCUCGACGUUUCUCUCGACGUUUCUCUCGACGUUUCUCUCGACGCUUCUCUCGACGUUUCUCUCGACGCUUCUCUCGACGCUUCUCUGAUCCACUGGUGCUUUGUUCCAGUGGUUUUGUCUCAGAUGUUGUUGGUUUCAGAUUUUCUUCAGUCGUGAGACACUGUCCUGGACAAAGUGACUGUAGAGGACGUUCAUUUGUCCUUUUGUCUGACACGUCUGAGGAAAACUUCAGGAAGGAGCUGAAACAUAAACUGGAUAAACAAAAGCUCCAGUCUAACAAAAAGAAUCAUUAAUGCUGAGUUUAAACCUGAAGACAGAACGAGCCUUUACCAAAGGUUGUGUCUCUGCUCUAAACCAUCAUCAUUAAUGUUCAUUAUAAUCUCAUAAAGUUUAAAGGACAUUGGGUUAUUUUCCAAAUAAACCUUUUACAGG